CCACACUGCAAAGAAUCUGUUGUACUUUUUUGUUUACACUCUAUAAUUCUUGAUAAUCGUAAUAAUAACAAUGAGUGCACCACGAAAAAACACAAACUACUUUUCGCCCUACUCUCAGCAUGUGGGUCAAUAUCCUUCUCAGACAUCGGACUACAGGACACAGCACACUGGCGGCCUGCAACAACCGCAUGAAAGAGAACAACAAAACAGGCCACAAGGAACUCCGCAUUUCUAUCAAAGCAGAACGCCGCAGCAACAACAAUGUGGUUUCUACGAGGAUCGACAAAGUUCCCCGCACUUUUAUCGUAAUAAAACACCUUACCAGCAACAAGGCAGAAAUUUUGGGCAACGCGGUGGAAGACGCGGAUUUCAUCAGCAGCAUCAUCAACAGAGGCAAUUUAAUAAUGGAAGGAGUACGAGUACGGACACCUUUUCGCAGUAUUUCCACAGCUCGAUGCUGGAGGAUCCGUGGCAUGAUUUGAUGGAGCGACACAAUGCGAUACACGGCAGUGUCAUCAAUGAGGCGCCAAAGACAAAAGAAACAGUAGAUACUUAG